AUGGUUAAAGGUGGUAAAGCUGUAGCAGUUCAUGGGAAAGCCCAUGCAAGGCUCAGAAGCUACGUGUCAAAUGCGCUUAAUCGGCCUGAUGCCCUUAGGCAUAUCACUACUGUUGUUCAACCCCGUAUGGUUGCUGCACUUCAGUCUUGGGCAGAGAAGGGUAGAUUGAAACUGUAUGAUGAAGCAAAGAAGGUGACUUUUGAGAAUAUUGGAAAAUUAUUUGUAAGCUUUGAACGAGGGCCGGUUUCAGAAACAAUGGAUAAAUUGUUUGAGGGUUUGGUUCAUGGAAUUAGAGCUCAGCCGUUCAACUUUCCUGGAACCGCUUAUCACCAUGCCAUUCAGUGUAGGAGGAAGCUGGAGACAAUUUUUAGGGUGGAGGCGGAGCUAGAGAAAAAGAAGAAGAAAAAUGGAAACGAAGUUGAAACAACAAAUGACCUAAUGGAUGGGCUGAUGCAAAUUGAAGAUGAUGAAGGCAAAAAAUUAAACGACCAAGAGGUUCUAGACAGUAUCAUCAGCCUUGUCCCUAAUGUCCUUCAGAAGCUACGGGAAGAGAAUAUGGCUAUACGCAAGAACAAGAAAGGGGAUUUCAUUACUGGUGAAGAUGUUUCUAAAUUGAAAUAUACCAGCAAGGUAAUGUAUAUAUCUGUUAUGUCCAGGAAAAUGAAGGGCUGA